CUUCAUCGACGAAAUUGAUGUAAAGCUAUAAACAGUACUCCAACAUCUUCUAUUCUUUGACUUGGCAAUUUCCACCUUCAAAAGGCGGGCGGCCAAAUAAUCCCAUCAUAAUUUAUCAUAAUUUUCCAAAAACAGUCGGAAACAUUCCACCAUCACACAAAUAGUUUGCUACAACAUUGAUAUUAAUUUUGGUAAAAAUUAUCCCCAUCGGAAGGCAUACGUUAAUUCAUUCCAAUGGCACCCACACCAGCAAAAUCGAAUCCGUCGUUGCCGGCGCUGGUGAGAAAAAGUACGCUAUCAUUCACAAUUCAUUUGCAGUCGGAAGGGGUGAUGGUGGAGUGCCCGGGGUAUGACACGGAGCUGUUCAUACCGCAGAUUGUCAACGACCGGAUCACCCUCCAAAACAUUACGAUGAAUAGACGGUGCUGCAGUGAGUCCAGCUUGACCACAUACCCGAUCGUUCAACCUGUGAGCAGUUGUCCGCCGGUGCGAGCACCGAAGAGGAUGAUUUCGUCUACACUGCCACCACCUCUGGCAGGGAGCACUCCAACUUCACUUUCUGUUCGUCGUAUCCGCGCUGCCAACAAAACCGUUGAGCCAAGCCAAGCAAUUCCAUUCGAAUCCGAGAUACAGGACGUAUCUCUUCAUGUGAACCAGUCCUCCCCUCCUCCGCCUCUGCCGCCUGAAGACGGCAUCACAGACGCGAGGAUGAGUGUGUCGAGCACACCCAACUCUAAUUUGAACGCAAGCCCACCUCUGAGAAGCUCAAUACGGGUGAAGCCGCCGGAGCGCACUUACGCGCGUCGUACGACCAACAAUAUCGGCAAAGCCAAACCGCCGCCGAAAUGGUCGCCGGUGCAAAACAAGAAACGGCAACCACUAUCUGCAACGAAGGGUCCAAAUCCGAGCAUGCAUAUAGAAGUGCGCAGGCGGAACUUCCUUGAGGACACACACAAGACUAUUGAGCCCUACGACCUGCAAAAUGAUAUCAGCUUGUCUGUUGUCCAAAGGGAAACCAUCCAAAGGCAGGUCACUGCCAAGACAAAAGAACAGUUUGAUGCGCUGAAAAGUACGGCCUUCGAUCUGAUGACAACGUCCGCCCAAGGGAACAUAGCCGAAGAGUUGGUCCAACAGUUUCAGGAGGCCUGCAUUGAUAGGCGUUCCUCCACAGUGCCCAACUACAUACAGCUGUCCGUCUGCCCUCAGCUGCAACUAGACCACGAGGUGAAGGCUUUGCUGGCAAGAAAAAAGCGUUUGGAUCGGUUUAAUAAAGAGCCAAUGAAAUGGAUGAAGCGCACGUGAUUUAUUGCCGCUGAUUUGUCUACGUUUUCAAAAUUUACUGUUCGCCCUUCAAGGCAAUUGCAAUAUGUCUUAGGGUGUAGCAGCGUAUUAAAUGUCCCUUUCAUGAAGAAACAUAUUCUUUCUAGUCCUACUUAGUCGUAGUUAGCCCUACUAUAUGUACAAAUCUACCUAAAGAUAAAAAAUUUAAAUAAUUAUAAUUUUGUACGAUAAAACGUAAUUGUAAUUGGGAACCCAAGACCCGGACCAGAGGCCUCUAAGAGCUGCGACAACGGAAGCAGGCUUUGAAUCCCCGCUUAAUAGCUCGUAUGUUGUGUACGACUUCCUCCUGUCAUAAAGAAGAAUCAUUAGAUCCAUUAAACGACAGAAUACGAUCACUUACCUGCAUCAGAUUGAAGCACAUGGCAAUCACGGCCAUUCCCAGCAAUAGAUAUACGGCACAGAGAAUAAAGCUGACCUCAACUUUG